AUGGACUUCGGCGCGCUCAGCAGCGACUACUCCUCGUCGGGCACGCCGUCCCCAGUGGCGGCGGACGAUCCGGCAGGCUUCCCGGCGCCGACCUACAUGACGGUCUCCUCCGCGCCGCCGAAGCGCCGCGCGGGGCGGACCAAGUUCAAGGAGACGCGCCACCCGGUGUACAAGGGCGUGCGCCGGAGGAACCCCGGCAGGUGGAUCUGCGAGGUGCGCGAGCCGCACAGCAAGAGCCGCAUCUGGCUCGGCACCUUCGAGACCGCCGAGAUGGCUGCGCGGGCCCACGACGUCGCCGCCCUCGCGCUGCGCGGCCGCGCCGCCUGCCUCAACUUCGCCGACUCGCCCCGCCUGCUCAGGGUCCCGCCCGCCGGCGCGGGCCACGACGAGAUACGGCGCGCCGCGGCCGAGGCCGCCGAGGCGUUCCUGCCGCCGCCCGAUCAGGUUCUGAGCAAUGCCGCCUCCGCCGCCGAGGAAGCAGCCGUCGCUGCACCGGACACGCAGUUCGCCACAGGCGACCCGUACUACGCGAUGGACGACGGGAUGAUGGACUUCGGGAUGCAGGGCUACCUCGACAUGGCGCAAGGGAUGCUCAUUGCGCCUCCUCCCAUGAUGGCAGGCUCGUCCGCCAGUUUCGCCGCGGACGGCGACGACGACGGCGAGGUCAGCCUGUGGAGCUACUGACUGCAUGCAUGCGCGCGUUUGAACUAUAUAUGCUCUAUGUGGCUCGUGCCAAGAACCUCAUCUAAUGCCUGUGCAGCUUUAUACUAUAGCAAUCCAGUACU